AUGGGGAGGCCGGAUGGGCCGGAGUGGCUCUGGAACCAGUCGGUGGGGGCUGCAGCAUCCCCAGAGCUCUGGGAGCCAGGCUCCCAGCGCCAGCCAGCCCAUUCGUGUCUGACCCACAGCAGCCAGGCUCCAUGCGUGUUUUCCAAGGAGCUUAGAAAUGCCAACACUUUGGAAAUGCGGACUGACUUGGGAAGUCGCUCCAACAUCCCGUUCGCCUGCGGAGGGGCUCGGGAUGAGCCCUCCUCAGCCCACGCCGCUGCGGCUCCCAACGCGCCCACUGCCCUGCCAGAAACAUCCCCUACGCGUGCAUCUCCUGGCAGCAGCCCCUACCUGCUGCCGGCUGUGCUCCACAGACUUUGCACGGGGCCGAGCGCCUUCCCCGAGCACGUGCUCAGCUUCAACAGCGCCGGGGGGAAGCUGGAAGAUGAGAACGUCAGGGGCAGGGUGGCACUUUGGAACACAGCACCGGAACACAACACCAUCAUGAUGACUGCUGCAUCCAUAGCCUCCAUGGACAUGGGGCUGCUGCUGCGAGAUCAUGUUUUUGUUGACUUUUUCAACACCUUUUUGAACCUUCCUGUUUUUGGCCAGACACCCAUUUACAUCAGUGGCAUGGGCCGGUGGUACCUGUGGCCAGAGCUGCCGAGCCACCUGCCCUGGGCGGAGCACAAGCCAUUUAAAGUCCUGCUGCAGUUUAUGGGGUCUAUCUAUGAACACCGAGAUCUGGAGCGAAGAAGAGCAUGUGUGGUGGCCGAGAAGGACACAAACAUCAGCCCCUUGUCCUUAUCCCCCUUCUGCCUCAGCAUCAGGGUGGCUUUUAUCGCCAUAAAGCAACAGGGCGCCUUCCCCACCCCCUUCCCCUGUAGCAGGGACCUGUUACUCACCCUAAUCCCCGGGCAGGAGCCGGCUCCUUCCCCACAGCUAAUCCUCUCCUUGGGCACGGGGUUCGCAACGCAGGAUCCCAGCCCGGCGGCUUUACUGGCUUGGCUGGAAAAGCACCGACUGCCUCACUUCUGCAAAUCCAGCCUGUGCCUCCACCUCGUCCUCUGCCAGAAGCUCCUGGGUUUCAUUCGCUCGGUGGAAGCAGCCGAGCUCCUGAACUGGCAGAGCGCUGACCAGUGGCUGCUGGAGAGGUGCAUCAGUGGGAGCCAUGGCAUGCGGCACUUCCGGGCCUUCGUCCAAGGAACAGCAGGGGAAGAACUGAUUGACUUCUGGCUCAUCACUGAAAGGCUCCUGGAUCUGGACGAGUCAGAUAGGAGUCAGAGAGACCUGUUCUUGUCCCUGGUCCACAGGCUGAGAGCCACUCACUUGCGUGAAGGCUCCAGUGUCAUCACCCUCUGCACCACCAUUUCAGGAUCACUGCCGAAAGCCAAGCACAUCCAGUCCAUCAGCACAAGGAGGGAGAUCCUAAGCAAGAUGCAGGAACAGGCCCUUUUUAUGAUUCAGAGUUACUGGCUCCCUAAAUUCUUCAUGCACUGCAAGAUGGGAAUGGAGGAAGAGGAAUCAUGCCAGCCUUUGCUCCAGGAAUAUCAGGAACGUUUAUCACAGGCCAGCUGGCAGGAAGCCCCAGGCCUUUCAGAGCCCUUCCCCACAAUGCACAUCAAAAGGAGACAGGGUGUGUCAGGGCCCUACUGCAGCCUGAAGACCAAAGCAGAAAUGUGGGCUCUGGUCAAGGACGGGAGAGACACCCAAGAAGUGAAGAUGGCCACUUUUCAGGUGAAACCAGAGAGGCAGCCAGGGCCAGCUGGGAGAACAGAGGAAUUGUGUCUGGAUAAGGAUGCUUUGGGAUCGAUUCCCCAGCAGUCAGAGCAUCCUGCAAAUACUGCCUUUGGAGGCAAACGAGGAGUAACCUUUCCUGGAAGACCUCAGUCCAGUGCAGAGCAGGAUCUAGAAAACCUCUGUAAGGAGAAAAUCUUCUCUGACCUGCUUCCCUCUGCAUCUCUUGCCCAGCUGCCAUCCUUGAAAAAGCCAGUCAAGACCUUGGAUUUCCUUCCCUGGGCCCUUAGUGCUGAGGCCUGUGCGGGACGGCCCUUCAGAGACUUCCUGCAGUGCCAGAACCGGUCCAUGGAGACUCAUCUCCUGGAUCUGUGGCACGACCUGGAAGAGUUUCUGCCUGUGGUGCUGGACUCCAGCAGAGAAAACAGCUUCUUCCUGCACCAUUUGAUUGGGGAAAAGAUCUGCAAGACCUACCUGGAGGAGGACAGCUUUGAGAAGCUUCCCUUGGACACCAGGACUGUCGUGAGUUUGUGGAACCAUCUGAUGUGUGGAGAAUUCUCCCCCUGGAUAUUCAGAGCACAGAAGGAGAUUUGCAAGGCUCCAGGGAGCGAUGUCCCCAUGCCCAAGGUUCCAGGCCAUGCUGCUGGCAGAUGGGAACAUUUCUACCUGUCACAGAGGAUGAACCAGUCCCUGAAGCUGAGCCAGGUCUUGCAUGGCACAAGGAGCUUGGAAGGGAUCUCCUCUGAGCACUGGCAAUUACUUGCUGCUCGGGACCUCCAGAAAGGGGGUUCCAUCCAGGCAGAGAUGAAACUGUUCCUUGGCAGCACUGAAUUCCAGAGGAUGAUGGCAGAUGAGCUGGCUGUGGGUAGCCCAAGCAAGGAAGAGGAGCUUCUGCAGCUGAUGAGUGCAGCACUUGCUGUUGCAUCCGAGAGGAUUGCUAGAGAGAAUGCUGCUGCUGCUGCAAGAAAGAAGUCAUCUAGAAGACACAGGUCUGGCACUUUGCAGCACAGAGCUUUGCUAUUUCCACUCUUUCAGAUUUUUCCCUGUCAUGCCACUGCUCCCAGUUUGGUCAUUUGGCCCUUUCAGAUGGCUGCUGGACUGGAGGAGGAAACCCUGCAGAUAAGCAGGACAGACAACCCCAAGGCUGUCAAGUGCAAGAAGAGAGCCCAGGGGAGAGUAUCUAGUGCCCUGUACCAUUGUCCAACCUCCUCCAGGAACAGAAAAAUACUGGAAAGCAAAGAUGAUGGAUGGGUCACAAAUCCCACUGCCAAGGCUACUCCAGCUCACAGUGGUGGGUCCAAACAGGAGGGCUCUGUCCAGGAGCAGCCCCUGGCUGAUGCCACCUGUACCAUGUCUCCACAGCAAUGGGCUUGGGAUGCCAUCCGGGAGCUUGUCAGAAGCUUCUGCAAGUUCCAGAGGGAGAUGGAAAAUUACAAACGCCGUGUGGAAUUUGAGGAGUUUCUCCGUCAGGAGAGAGGAAACGAGAGGGAAAACCUGCCCAUCAAGGAGAAGAAGAGCCAAAGUCUCUCAAGGACCCCCCGCUCCCUCAAGGGCAAAGCCCGGCUCGAAAAGGUGACCCUGAUAAAACGCUGCAUUUUGGACAAACAGGUCAUCGUCGUCAACUUCCUCGUCGAUGACCUCCGCUUUUACCUGGAGAUGGACAAGUUUUCCAGGUUGGCUGACUCCGUGGAAGCUGUGGCACCCUGCAGCAUGCAGUCAGAAAAGCACAUUGCCUUUCUCAAAAAGAAACUUGACAUCAUCAGCAGACUCUUCCUGAACUCUGAUAUCCCCCCAAAGCUGCGGGUCAACAUCUCUGAUAAAGAGAGGGAUUUAAUCUGGCGUUUAUCUUCCAAGGGGCCAGUGACCCGGGCCAUCUACCACAAUGCCAAGGUCACCCUCUUCCCCAUCCUGAUGUACUUCUGGAGAAGGUACCUAUCUAUCCCCUCUCUCCCAAGGUGGAGGAGGCUCUGUGGAUGCCAGCCUUUAUCUCCAGCCACUCGUUCCUCUGACAUGCUGAAAAUGCAGAUGAAACACUCCCCAGGGGCUCAGCUGGAAUUUUCUCCUUGGAGCUUCACUGUCUCUGGUGUUUCUCACGCAGGUUCUGCACCUGGACAGUGAUGAGGAGCUUUUGGGCCUAUGCAGAGGUCAGGAGCUCUGAGAUCCAUGACGAGGAGAGGAACUUUCAGCUCAUGAAGGGGGACAAGAGCUCCCGGGUCCAAAAGGAGGAGAAGAGUUCUCAGGUUCCCAAGGCAGGCAGGAGCUCCUGGGACCACAAGGAGGACAGGGUUCCAGCCUCUUCACCUCCUGCAAAAACCUCCUCCAAAGUACCCAAGAUCCACGGUCCCAGGAAGCUGGUGGCCACUCCCUCUGCUGCACGUUUUGCUCCAGGUAAAAAGCCUAUCAUUAUCUUCACGUUGUCAGAAGGGCUUGAGCUCCUGCUGCCACGGCCCCAGAAGAAAACUGAGCCUUCAGAGGAGCAAAAGGGUGAGCCAGCACUGAAAGGGACCCUCCUGCUCCUGAGGGGAGCUCUGGCAGCGGGGAUGGGAGCUGGGCUUGAGGGCUCCCUGCAGCAGCCCAUGGUGGGAAGUUUGUGCCGUUGUUUUUCUCAGAUUCUGAUCUGAGUGGGGAGAAGAGGCCAUCGCUCAGCGAGUCUGCCCUGCAGGGCAGGUAGGUGGUCCCAGAGGUGUUCACCUCCUCCAAACCACACCAGCACAGGCUGUGGCUCCCCUUAAAUCCCAAGAGGUUGUGCAGGAUAUUGCUCACCCCCACCAUCUCCAGUAAUAGUCACAGAAAACUCCCAGCUGCUGCACCUCUCCAUGCCUAGAACUCCUCCCUGGGACACAGCCCUCUGCUCAUCCCUGAUCACCCACUCCAUGGCCAGAAUUCCUCCUUGGGAGCACACAGCCAUGUGCUGGUUCCUGAUCACCCUCACCCUGCCUCCAGCAACAGCAGCCACUGAUGCAGUAUCUCUUCCUUCCCUCCAGGAACUAAGGGUAGGACAGCCUGCCCUUGAGCUGGAGCCCUCCCAAAACACCACCCACAUGAGUGGGAUCCAAGGAAGCUGAGCAGCCUGGACACAAGGAAUUGUUUGCACUUAGUCAGCAAUAAAACCUAAAAAUAAAGCAAUUCACAGCAUCCUCCAGCUUACCUGGUGACAGCACAGCAGCUCACAGCUCUGCAGUCGUAGCAGGGACAUGCUGUGACAUGUGUUACCAGCUGAAAUACCACACAAGUCUCCUUCCUCACAUGUAUCUGUAAAAGGUAUCUCAGCUCCUCACCUUUCUACACAAAUUAAAUACUUCCUGAGGGUGGCAAGGCUGAGAGAGCCUACUUGGUUCACUUAGCUGUCCCUGGCUGCUGAGAUGGUGCCUGUUUUGCCAAAGCUUUUCUGAUUUUCCAACAAAAUCAGCUCGUGCUUGACUGGGGCUUCAACAUGCUUUUUUUUGGUGAGGUUUUGGUUUUUUGUUGGUUUUUUUAAAGCCAGUAUGUUUAAAAAGCACUAACCAAAUCAUAGCAAAGGCCCCAAUUUUCCCCAGGUGAAACUGAGUCAAAGUGGCUUUGCCAAGUCACCAGGAAGCUGCGGAAAUCACAAAUAUUCUUUGGACCUCAUGAAGAAAAGACCACAACCUUUAUCAGUUUGUCAGAGGCAAGCUCUCAGCUUUGUCAUUUUCAGCUAUUUUUAACCACUUUUUAAUCCCAGAUCCUAGAAGAGUGCAACCUGGGAAUAACACCAGGUACAUUUUGAAGGCAGAUGACAACAUGUUUCGUAUUUAUCUCUUAUGAUUAUCAACACUUUGCUUCUUGAGGAUUAAAACUACCCAAACCCAGUAACUUUUACUUAAAUGAAGUGCUUGGGAAGCUGAUGCCAUUUCUACAACAUGAAAUGUGACCAACUCUCAAAAUUGCCCUUGUGCUGGGAGAUGAUUUUGCCCUGAAAGCUUUCAGGCCCAAAAACUUGCUGUGUUUUUGUGAGCCCUUCACUAAUGCUCCUGAGCCCAGCUGAGCCCAGGCCCUCAAAGGCCUCACAGAAGUGCCUGAAGCCCAGCACAGCAAAACCACAGCUAAGAACAGGCUUCACUCCACUGCUUCUGUGGGCUGGUUUGUGGGUUUGUUUUUCAGAGCAGCAGAUGAGGCAUGCUGAGCUGGGAGCACCCCUGUGCACACAAACAUGUCCUCAGCAUGCAAGACCCAGGACAGAGAGAAUCUGAUCCCAUCACACUGGGCUGAGCCAGCUGUCCUGGGGGGCCCCAGCAGAGGAAAAAGGCAGAGGCACAGCAAAUACAGGCAGCACAGCAGGGGAAUGAAGUGUGUGGGGCCAAAUCACACCUUUGGGAACCAUCCAUGGGCUGCAAACCUGCCCAGGGCAAAGGAAAGCAGCACCUCCCAGGUCGGCAUCGAUGCUGGGAGCCAUCAGCACUAAUUUUGGCAGUUGGUUCUGCCACCAGCUGUGCCCCAGACACUGCCACACCACCCAGCUGCAGUACUGCCCGCUGGUUUUCCAUCCUGCCUGGCUUCUCAUGGAGCACUGGCCCAUCCUUCUGGGAGAGGCAGGCUGGUAUUUUCUCCAGCCUUGCUCCCAGUCCUGCAUUCUUUCCUCCCAUGGUCUGAUGCUCUGGGAGCAAUCUGCUCUGCAGAUGCUGUGCAUGGAUCAGAUUUCUCCUCUGACAGCAGCCUGUUGGUGCUUCUGGCUUCUCAGAAAGCAGGACACAGCUCCGCAGAGCACAGGAGCCAUCCCUGGAAAUUCUUCCCAGCAGCCAGAUUGCCCCAGAGAGAUAAGUCACAGCCUCCCUGAGUUUAAUCACUGCUCUGUUUUGGGCAUGCCUUUUGAGGCUGCCAAGUCCCAGGCCUUCAGUGAAACAGCCAAGUGAUGGAAGAAGAUGCAGAGGUCACAGAAAGCUGGAAACAUGGCAUUUUGCAGGAGGCUGGAGGAGCCCGGCCCGUGGCCUCACUUCUCCUCAUGCAAGAGCAGAAAUGCUGCUGUAGCACAGGGCACCCCAUAGCCCCCUGCUCUCCCUGCUGCUGAGAGCUGAGCACACAUCUCUGGGUGUCAUCCUGCCUUCUGGGCAUAAGAAAGGCACAGUGAGCAAGAAAAAAAGAGCAGGGAGGAAGGGUAAACACCCAAAAAUAUUGGCACAAGAGGAGUCAGCAUUCUCCUGGUUGCAUUUUCUUAUCAACAGUUGUGUAGUCAAACUUCUAUUACAUAUUUAAAAGGUUCCCAGGACGGUUACAGCGGGGAUUCUGCAACACAAUGUAUCAAAACAGGAGGCCCAUAGAAAGAAGUAUAUAAGGACAGAUUCUUGGUAGAUGUUUCAGAGAUGUUUAUUUCUCCAGCCGUAUGGCCAGGGCUCUGCCGAGGAACUCCCGCAGUCACAGGACCGAGGAACCUUGCCCGCGCAGGGAACACAAACCAACCAAUGGGGAACGAGGCUGAGCAGGGACAGGGAAACCCCGU